GUGAGGAGAGUCAGACAAGGAUGUCCAUUGAGCCUGACGUUAUUCAACAUCUACAUGGCAGGACUAGAAGAAGAAUUAAGGAAAGGACAAGCCGGGGGCAUAGUGGUAGGAGAAAGAAAGGUAUGGCCAUUGACAUACGCAAACAAUAUUGUGCUGGUGGCGGAUAGAGAAGAAGAGCUAAAGGAGAUGUGGCAGAGACUCAAAAAAUUUUUGAAGGAAGCCGAUAUUGAGCUGAGCACGGAAAAGACUAAAAUAGUAGUCUUUGAAAAAAGAAGGAACAAAAGGAGGCAAAGAAAAUGGAAGUGGGGAGAGCAAGAAUUAGAAGAGGUGGACGAGAUAAGAUACCCAGGGUAUAUACUGCAGAAAAACAGAAGUGAUGAGAAGCACAUACAAGAUAGGAAAAAGAGAGCAACAAUUGCAAUCAAGAAAACAUGGAGCGUGAGAGAAAAAAUAUUCAAACAGGACUACAAAAGGAGAAUGAAAAUGUUUGGAGCACUGGUGGCGCUGUUUGGAGCAGAGGUAUGGGGAUGGAACAUGGAAGAAAGACUGGACAGAGUUCAAAGGAGAUAUGUGAAAUGGAUACUAGACUUAGAUAUGACAACACCAAACUAUAUACUGGUAGAGGAAUGCAAAUUAAUAGAAAUGAAAGAAAAAGCACUAAAAAGAGCAGCAAGGUAUGAAGGGAAAGCCUACGAAAAUAUGAAUUAA